ACUACACCUACUGACGCAAUCCUCUCUUUCUUUCUCUCUCUAUCUUCUUCUUUCUUCCUCCCGCCUUUGUAAACCCUAAUUUUCUCUCCUCCAAGAAUCCACCUCCAAUUUUCUUCUUCGAGAUCCAUCAAUGGCGGAAAAAGAGGUUGUUACCGUGAUUUCCGAAGCCCCUACCGAUCAGCACCACAAGCGUAAGCUCGAAGACAUAGAGGCGCCUUCUCUCGAUGAAGCGGCGCCUGAUUCUACUGCGGAGCUUGAUGGAGAACAGAAGGAGAAUGUUGACGGAGAGAAUGGCGACGAAGAACCUGCUAAACGCCCUCGCUUGGAUGAACAAUCCGAUUCUCUAGCAAGUGAGAACGGACAUAAGCCAGAGGAGGAGAACGGGAAUGCUGUAGUGGAUGUCGAGACGGAGGUGGUUGUUGAAAGUACUGAAAUGGUAAUUGAGACUACUGAAACAACUGUUGAUGAUCAGGCAGCAGAUGUUGAGGACGGUAAUGUAGUGGUGCUCCCUGAAGAGGUGAGUGAAGUGGAACCCAUCGUUGCGGAGGGUGAGCAGAAAAUUGAAGCUGAAGACAGUAAUGCAGAAGGGAAAGAGGUUGAAUUUCCAUCAUCUGAGAAUGUUCAGCUGGAAGGUGAAGAAAAGACUGCCACUGAAGGCGCAGAACAAGGUGAUGUUGCUUCUGAGCAACAGAAUCCUGAUUCUGGUACUAAAAGCAUUUCUCGGAGGAUUGAGAUUCCCAAUAAUAAGGUUGGUGUUCUUAUUGGGAAAUCUGGAGAUACAAUAAAGUAUCUGCAACUAAAUUCAGGGGCCAAAAUUCAAAUCACAAGAGAUGCUGAAGCUGAUCCGCGGUCUGCAACUAGGCCAGUUGAACUUUUGGGGACACUAGAAAGCUUAAACAAGGCUGAGACUCUGAUAAAAGAUGUUAUAGCAGAGGCUGAUGCUGGAGGUUCACCAUCCCUUGUGGCUAGGGGUUUCACUGCAGCUAUUACUGCCGGGUCCUUGGAAAUUGAGAUUCCUGUUCCUGCUGACAAAGUUGGUCUAAUUAUAGGCAGGGGCGGGGAAACUAUUAGGAAUCUGCAAACAAGAUCUGGUGCACGUAUCCAGUUGAUACCACAAAAUGUACCUGGGGAACAAUCUAAAGAGAAGAAGGUGAAAGUGACUGGGGAGAAGAAACAGGUGGAAGUGGCCAGGGAACUCAUAAAGGAGGUUAUGAAUCAGAUGCCUGGGAGACCGUCACAAUUCUCUAAUAAUAAUAACUACAGCCAGCAAGGCUACCGUCCUCGUGUACCUGGCGGUGGGCCUCAGUGGGGCGGCCGUGGUCCUCAUGGUGGUCAGUCAAUGCCAUACGAUUAUCAACAGCGAGGGCCUUACCCAUCUCAAAAUCAGCAGUAUCCACCUCAGCAUUAUGGAAAUUAUCCUCCACAGGGCCCCCCAAGAAGCGGUUAUGGUUCUUGGGAUCAAAGACCACCUGCUCAAGGACCCCCAUCUCAUAGUGGUGGGUAUGAGUAUUAUGGACAAGGAGGUGGACAUGCAGCCAAUGCUCCAGUUUCUGCUCCACACUCUGCACACUUGCCGGGUCAUCAUGCAUCUGGCCCAUCCAUGGCACCUCCCCCUCAUUCUCAGGCAAAUUACAAUUAUGCCCAGCCUCGAAGUGCGGAUUAUACUCACCCAACUCCUUACUCGCAAGCUGCACCACCUGCUCAAAGUUACGGUCAUGGGUAUGGGGAGCCGAAAUAUGAUACACAGGCUCAGAUGCAGCAGCAGCAGCCUUAUGCUGGCCAAGGCUAUGCACCCCAACAACAAGGCUAUGCUCCCCAGCAGCAGUACAAUAGGCCACCACCCUAUGGCAUGCCAUCACAGGGACCCCCUCCUCAGGGUUAUGCCGCUCCAGCAGCAAGUCAGCCUGCUGCAGAUACACCUUAUCAAGCUCCUGUUUCUGCAGCUCAGCCUUACGGUCAAACCAUGCCCCAACAGCAGCAAUACCCUCAAGCACCUUAUGGUUCUGCACCCGUAGCAAAUGAUGGCUAUAGCCAGCCCCAACCUGCUGUUGCAGGUUACCCGCAGCAGGCGGGCCAGCCUGUUCCUGCAUAUGGGCAGCAAGCUACUGGUUAUGCUCAAACAGCUGGAUCAACUGCUGGUUAUGGUCAAUACCCACCAACAGCACAAGCAAGCUACAAUGAUCAAGCUGCUGCAGCUGCUGCUAGCGCCGCAACUUAUGGGUAUCAGGGCCAAGUAGAUCCAUCAGCUUACGCUGCAGCGGCUGGACAACAAGCUUACAGUGCUGCACCUGCUGUGACACAACAAGGCUAUGCUCAGCCAGCUCCAACACAACCUGGUUAUGACCAGUCGGCGGUAGCUCCUCAAUCUGGUGGAUAUGCUACUGCUCCCGCUGGUGCACCUGGUGCUUAUGGAAAAACCUUAUCUCCCCAACCUCAGCCUGGUUAUCCACCGUAUGAUGCAUCCCAGCAAGCGUAUGCCGCACCUCGAUAAUUUGAUUAAGGUAUUUGGAAGCAUUUGCUGAUCCUGUCAAUUAAUUUGUUGUAGUUUUCUGCUGUUGAAAGGACUUGAGUAGAAUUUUCUAGCUGAGUAGAUUUUUACAAGGAACUGGCAAUUUUGUGUUCUUCCAUUAGUUAGGAAAUGUACUGAGGAUAUCAGGAUGUUGGAACCUGAAACCCAUUUCACAAAAUCAAAUUGACUUCUAUGUAUAACGGUUUUCAUUUUUUUGCCUGGUAGAAAGACUGUAAUCUCGAUUUUGUUGAUCAA